AUGGAUAAUUCAAAUCCGCCUGGGCAGAUGAAUAGACAGAUUGAUCAUUUGGGUGUGAACAGGAUGGGAAAAAACAUUAAGAAGAGUCCUCUACACCAGCCCAGCUUUUCUGGCGCUGCUAGGCAACAGCCUCAACCCCAGGUCUACAAUAUUAACAAGAAUGAUUUCCGUAAUAUAGUUCAGCAGCUCACGGGUUCGCCUUCUCAGGAAUCGCCUCCUAGACCCCCUCAAAAUCCUUCCAAACCUGCUAGUAACCGUUUACAGAGAAUUCGGCCUCCACCUUUGGCACCAAUGAAUCGACCUCGGAUUCCAAUUCAUCCUCCUAUGCCGAUGCCUGCACCAGCACACCCUGCAGGGCAGCUUCCUAGCAACUUUGCGAGACCUCCUCAUCCUCCUCUGGCCCAAUAUGGUCAACCUUCACCACCUGUAUUCAUACCCCCGACUCCUGAUGGUUGUGCAAAUCCGGCUGAGUCUCCAAUAUCAGCUUAUAUGCGCUACCUGCAAAAUUCAAUCGUCAAUCCAGGUCUCCGACAAGCCCAGCUUCAAUAUCAACCUCACUUGCAACCUCAUGUUCCUGGUCAAACUCUAGCUCAGCCACCGGGUUCUGGUUUGCUUCCUAAUCCUAUCAUGCAACCGUUCCCAUCUCCCAGAAUGAAUGGAACUCCCUCUCCUCUUCCAUCCCCUCGAAUGAAUGGUCCAUCAAUGCCUCUUCCGUCACCUCGCAUGAAUGGUCCCUUUCCCCCUCUUCUUUCCCCUCGGAUGAAUGGCCCUCCUCCCCUUUUACCCUCUCCUACAUCUCAGUUCCUUUUACCUUCACCUACUGGCUUCUUGAACUUGUUAUCUCCUCGAUCACCUUAUCCAUUACUUUCUCCAGGGUAUCAGCAUCCUCCUCCGCUGACUCCUAAUUUUUCAUUUUCUUCUGUGCCCCAAUCUGGGAUUUUAGGUCCUGUACCUCAGCUACCUCCUUCUCCUGGUUAUGGAUUUCCUUUGUCACCUUCAGGGUUUUUCCCUCUACUAAGUCCUAGAUGGAGGGAUGAAUGGUCUUAA